UCGCAAUUGUUAAUUCUUUAAACAGUGUACCUUUUUAAGCUUGAUUUUUGCUUCCAAAAGUUGUGCAAAAUGAGCCAAUCAGAUUACAGCUUGCCAAAUAGAGGAAGUGCAUGCCAUUUGUGUGUGCGAGCAAAUAUGCAUCAGAUGGUCCGUGGGUGUCUGAGGCCGAGACUAGUUGUGCCCCACUUCUGUAUCAGAGGGCAAAAAAAUAUUAGAUUACCUCUGUUAAGCAAAAAAAAAAGGUAGUGAAAGUAAAACAAAAUCUGCCAUGUUUGAAUUUAAUACGCAUCAGUGAGUUCAGUGUCUUUCUUGCAUUGCCAAUGCCAUACAUCUUCUGUUACAAGUCCAAAAAAAAUCUAGAUAAUUAGAUGUAUUAUUUAUAAUAUUGCAUUCAUAUUUUAUGUGUGUGUGUAUAUAUGUAUGUGGGGCGGGCAGCAUGGGUCUUGAGGCUAAUUUUACACACUGUAUUUAAAUUCUUAUUAAAAUAAAAUCAUUUCUGUCUUCUUUUUUAAAGCAUUUUGCUCAGGAAAAAAAGAUCUGCUUGGAGUACCGACUUCUAAUUGGCCAAUUUUAUACGAAUUCUCAUAACUAGAUCAUUUUAAUAUUUCACACGCCGUGUACGUUCUCCGCAAUAUUCAACAUUAAUAAUCCAUAGGGGAAGGUAAAGGGGAGUGGUGCUUUUACAGAGAGGAUGCUUUACAGAGGGACGUUUUCCCCGAUACAAUAUCAGAGGUGUGCUCUAUUAAACGCCGUGGCUUUUGCGCAACGUGCGAUAAUCAUUCGGGCGUGUUUUGCGCGCACACACAAUGUGCAAAACAAUCUGCAUUUUUCUCUCCGGGCUGUUCUCAAACACGAGCCGCAGGCGGAGCAGCGUCGUCUCCCACCUCGCUCGAAACGCCUCGACUUCCAGCGUCACCCGCUGCGAAAAGCAACCCCUGAAGGGUUUUUUUUUUUUUUUUAAUGACGCCAACCGCUUCAACACACGAGCGUAAUUGCGAGCUCCUCUUUUUGUCCUCCCCCCCACCCCUCGCUCUUUCUAUCAAUUGCUGCCACCCACGCGCCCCUGCGCGAGCUCCCGGGGGCGAAACGAACACCGGGGCUCCCCCACACGCCACGUGCCAGAGGUAUCGCCCCCGACGGGCGGGAAGACGAGGACAGCUGCGGGUGCCUGUCUGAAGCCGUCGCACUUCAGAAAGGACAGCAAAGUUCAUUCCCUCUCCCCCGGAUGGGUCACAGCUGCCAGGAAGAUCACGUGGCCGGCGUUAUCAAGCGCCGCUGCGUCAAUCGCGGCACGUUGUGACUCAAAACAGCGCGCUUCACCCGAGAUAGAUUAUGCCAGGUCCGCUGUGAGUCAUCGUGCGCUGCUGUCAGGUGGCGUGUCAAUAUAUUGUGCAGAAUAAUCCCAGCGAGCCCUAGCCUGGCUAAUUUAUAGGUACGCUUUGUUCGGUUGAGCGCAAGCGGUGCAGAACCGCAGCUCGCCCUGUUCCUUCACCAUUUAGCAGGCUGUCAGGACCCGAGCGCCAAAACACGGCGACGUGAGCUCCACCAAUGGAGCGAGACCGGGGGCGUGGCUAUCCGUCUGACUGACCAAUGGCAGAUGAGGGAAUGUUUCUAACACAGUGAGAUAGUCUGCAGCGCACGCAGCCAUAAAAUCAGAGACCCUGCCCUCAACAUCCAAGCACAAGUGGUCAGAAGAGACGCGUUUGAGAUGCAUUUACUACCAGGUGCAAAUGGAGAUAUGUCUCCCUUGACCACUUGUGAUCGGAUCGAGCGAAAACAGGUGUAAACAGGGACUCCGUGUGGAAGACUUCGCUGUUCCCCAUCCCCCAAGAUACAGGAGCUGAGUGAUAAACAGAAGUCUCCACACUCUAAACGUCCCUCACACUGCCUCCUGUCCAGGCGUCGGAGACAGAUGGACCGGGAGAGUCCAUGUGCCUCACACAUUUCCAUUUUUGACCGUGCCUGCAGCGGUCCUCCCAAAAUAACCCCCAUUCCUCACGACCUUAUAUGUGCAAGGCCUCGGAGAGGCUACAGUCUGGGGGAGAAUCACAAAUCCAGGCCACACGAGACACGCAGUGUCCCAUUGUUGCUUUGUGGUCAAUGUGGUUGUCUCCUGUCUUGCUAUGCAUCUCACAGAACUAGAUCAGGAGUGUUUGCUGCACCUUUUUUCGUACCUAGACAAGGACAGUCGUCGCAGCCUGUCCCUGACCUGCGUACGACUAAGACAGGUCUUCCUGGACCCACAGCUGUGGACGCUACUUUACUUCAGGUCUCCGUGCGAGUUGAGGAGGGACAACUAUGUUCUGGGCUCUUCGCUGAGGUACCUGGCUGUAUGCUGGCAUUCGAGCAGGGUCAAAGUGUGCAACAUUGAGGACUGGAUGAAGAGCACAUUCCAGAAGGACCUCUGCAGGAAGCACGAGAGCCUCGUCAGUGACUUCCUGGAGCGGGUUUGCCACAUGUGUCCGAAUCUACUCUCGCUGACUCUGUCUGGAUGUGGGCACAUUACGGACCGUGAUGUUAUUAACAUGCUACGAAGCUGCAGAAGACUACACAGCCUUAGUCUAGAAAACUGUGCUCGGAUGACUGAUUCUGUCCUCCAGGCUGUUGUAGACCAUGGCCACAGUCUCACAGAUGUAAGAGUGGACUUCUGUCGCAACGUGACCCAGGCAGGGCUGCAGGAGGUCAGGGACAAGAGACCAGAAGUGCACCUGAGCGCACUACACAGUGCUGAUAUGAUUCCAGACAGCAAGCCUGAGGAGAAAACACAGAUCAGGAGAGCUCUGCAGAAGUUCUUGAUCUUCUCCUGACAGCUAGAGGCUACCUAGAGAUUUCAUGUCAAAUUGGGGUUCACAAUACUGUCCGGUGCAAUUAUGGUCCAAUUUUAUUAUUUUCAGUAUUUCUUUUGUAAUUUGAAGUUUCCAAGAGAGUCAGUCUUCAGCUUGUUUACAUUCAGUUUUCGUUUCUACCAUGUUGUUUUAUUAGAAAAUUAAUUCUCCUUUGAAACUCAUUCUUUGUUUCUUCCCUGGGUUGUUUUUUCAUUUGUUUGUUUGUCCAUUUGACUCCAUGAAAUGGCUCGGCGGUCAAGUACACAGUACAAAGACUAUGUAUUCAAUAUGCAGGGCAGCAGCCCAGUCCAAAAAUUUCAACCAAAUCUUAGGUUUUGUUAAUAAAACAUUGGCAAACUCUGUAAAAGACAGUAUUUAUUAAAAGCACAGCAUGUUUUGGUUGCAUAAUCUAGGUUAGUUCUGGAACAACUCAUAGCUGGUUAUCCUCAUUGCGGGUUUUGGACUUCCUUCUAGUUAUGCAAGAACAAUAUUUAAUAGAGCACAGGUUUACGUGCAUUUCUGCAUGACAUUUAUUAAGCAAUAAGGUCAAUAGAGGCCAUACUACAUUAUGAAUAUAAUAUAUAUUUACAGUGUAGUGAGUAUAUAUAUA